GGGCUGAGAAACCCAGGCUGAGCCGCACCGCACGGCACGCCCACGCCCGGCCGGCCCAGCUCCGCUCCAUCCCCACUCCCACCAACGCCACGGCGAAGAAGCUGCUGGGUCUGGGAGGGUGGCGUUGACAGUUAGAUUCGCCACCGCCGCGGGAGCCUCCGCCUCCGCCUCCGUCCCAGCUCCAAUCUCCCUCUCGGGACCGUCGGCGCGGAGGUCUCCUCCGCCCCGCCCCCAGCUCGAUCCCGCCGCCCCGCCCCGGAGGAGGGAGAGGCAGCGGGCCCGGCGAUGGCGUCGGCGUCGUCGUCGUCGUCCGCGAGGAGGACGCCCCGCGGCAGCCCCCCGAAGCACCGCCACGACGGCACCUCGCCGCUGCCGCUCGGCAUGGACUGGAGCCCGCCCCCCAAGCGAUGGGAGGGAAGAAACACCGUAUGGCCACAUAACCCUCAAACAGGCUGGAGUUACUGUGUGACUAUACCUUCUUGGAUUGCUCAAACACCUGAAGCUGGUGUAGCCUCUGACAACUUCUUGAAAUCUAUAGUUUUUUACAGGAUACAUGUUGGUAUACAAUCACCAGAAGGCGUUAGCUCUAGCCAUGGAGUUCUUCGAAGGUUUAGUGACUUUCUAAAGUUGUGUUCUGAUCUUAAGCGUGCGUUUCCCAGAAAAGACAUCCCCCCUGCUCCACCGAAACAUGCCUUCUUAAGAAUAAAUUCAAGCAGGUUGCUUCUAGAAGAGAGAAGGAAUACUUUGGAGGAGUGGAUGCAAAAGCUACUUUCUGAUAUUGACUUAUCAAGAAGUGCUCAUGUUGCUGCUUUUCUUGAACUUGAAGCUGCCGCACGCUCAUAUUUCCAAGAUUGGAAUCAGCGCCCCCCUGAAGCAGGUACUUCAGUAAAAAGCAGUACAGACUCUUCUCGCCAUUCUGAUGAUCCUGGUUCAGGUGCUCUCUCCGAGUCCAAUCAAAUAAAUCCAGGACUUGUUCGUAGUAUCAGUCUGACAGGAGUAACUGGUAACGGUGUGCUGGGAGAAUCUAUAUUAGGUCAGCCUGACCAGCAUGUUGGUAGUGGGUCAAAAAGCAAGAAACAGGGUCUUGUCUUUUCGGAACAUGAUGGAAGGAAUGGUUCAGCAGAGUCUUCCAAGGGAGUAAUUUCUGAAGAGGAUUGUGAUUCUAAUCCUGGCCAUGCCCGGAAGGAUUCUUCUGAAAGUUUAGGUAGUGAUUUGAGUUCUUUAAGAGGCAGUGAAUUAUCAACCCCAGGGGCUAGUAGUUCCCUAUGGGAUGGCCCUGCGGAUCUCCCGAGUGGUGUGGAUGGACAUAGUCAAACAGAAAAUCUUGCUGGUGUAGAUAUGCAGUUUUUGUAUGAUAUGGAUGCCCAAGUCAUCCUUCCAACUGAUCAAAGACAGAAGUUGAGUAGACUUUUGGUAACCAUGCAAAGAAGAAUAGGGACAGCCAAAACUGAUAUGGAGGAUCUCAUAGCACGCCUAAAUCAGGAAGUAGCAGUCAAAGAAUAUCUUUCCACAAAGGUAAAAGACUUGGAGGGUGAGUUGGAAGCUACAAAGCAAAAAGGCAGAGACACAUUACAUCAAGCUAUCUUAGCUGAAAGAGAGAGGAUUACCCAGAUGCAAUGGGAUAUGGAUGAGCUUCGCAGGAAGUACUCUGAGAUGGAGUCAAACCUGAAGGCGGAACAAGAUGAGAAAACUCGUGUGGAGUCAGAGAAAGCUACCGCCAGUGGUAAUAGAGAAGAGUUAGCCGAAGAACUUGAAACGAAACGAAAAGAAGUUGAGAGUUUGCAACGGCAGCUUGGAGAAGUUGAGGCAAAGUCUAAAACAGAUAUGAAGGUUCUUGUUAAAGAAGUCAAGUCCCUUAGGAAUUCUCAAAGAGAGAUGAAGAAAGUGCUGAAUCAGUAUGUUGAGGAGAAGACUGAACUAGAGAGGAUUAUUAAUAGAGAGAAGCAGCGGUCAGCACGUGUGAAGUCAUCCCGUGAAAAAAUGCUUCAUGAAUGCCGACUGCUCCGUGAGCGUCUACAAGAAUGUAGUGCUAAAUUUCUUGCAGAAGAACAAGAUAACUUGACUGUUGACCCAUCAUCUUUGCCUGAUGCACUAGACCUUCUGGCGACGUCAGACAAUAGAAUACGCCUUCUUGUUGCUCAGGCUCAGCAUCUAGCACUGGAUGACGAACAGGGGGGCUCUUCCGACGAUGGCGAAAAUUCCGAUGGUAAAUCCUCAAUUACCAUGGGCAGCGAAGACUCAAGCCUCACUGAUGAAGAGACAACGAAGAUGUUGUCUGACCUGCUCAUCGACAACGCGCAGCUGAGGAUGCACCUCAACUCCGUGAUCCGCAACGCUGUAAAUACCUCCGUGAAGCCGGAGAAAGAAGACGCCGACGGAGUCGUCCCGAAAAAGACGGUCCUCAACUGGCUGCUGGACAGAUAGAAGCGCCGGUGUAUAUAUAUCCUUGUGAAUUAGCUCCCCCCUAGUUAUGCGGCCUGAUGAGAGUUGAUAUGAUGAGUAUACUGCCAGAGUAACAGCAGGAGGAGUCUCACACUGUCCUGCCCCCUCUGGUCUCGGCGUCGUGGAGGCGGUACUGUCGUGGUGUUGUAUUAUUGCUUGUUGACGUGGAAAAUCCAUGGGAGGAUAAUAUAUAUAUUUAGAUGGAUAUGGGGAGGGUUUUUCGGUGCUGAGUGAUGAUGAUAGAAAGAAAAUAAACAAGUUCCCCAUUUUGUGCCAUGCUUCUAUAUAUGUAACUGCAGAGCUGGUGGUAUACAUGGUUGCUUUAUCUC